AUGGCAAGUGAAGAAGCAUACGUAGCACCUAUUGAACUCUAUUCAAAAGAUCUGUUUUGCCAUGGAAAUCUCGCGCACAUUGGAAGAGGAAAUCGGUUUUGUAGCGACACCUUCAAACAGGCUAAGAAGCUUUGCAAACCCCGUGUCCUCUGUCGCAAUUAUAUUAGCUUCCAAGGAGCAAUUAAAGCAGAGCUCGGGCACCGGGAUGAAGUUCUGCCCCCGGUGACCUUCCCCGACGCGCUAGCUGGCAGGAUCCAGUCAGGGAGCGGAGCUCGCUUAGUCCGGGUACCCCGGCUGCGGAGCUCCCAGUCCCUACGCCCAAAACACCAGCACCCCACAAGUACCACCAGCACAGCGGGCUCCCGCCUCCCGGCCCCGGUACCACGGCCCCCCCACGGCCCGCGGCAAAUGCUUCAAACCAUUGCAGGGCAUGGAUGGAGGUCACAUUGUAGUAAACCUGCUCAAAACUUACAUAUAGGCAAACCUGGAGCUGGCUUUAGCUUUGAACUUACUGAUGAACAGAAGGAGUUUCAAGCUACUGCUCGUAAAUUUGCUGUGGAGGAAAUUAUUCCUGUUGCUGCACAAUAUGACAGAACUGGAGAGUAUCCUCUUCCACUUAUAAAACGGGCUUGGGAACUUGGUCUUAUGAAUGCACACAUACCAGAAAGCUGUGGUGGUCUUGGCCUUGGCAGUUUUGAAGCAUGCCUUAUUACGGAAGAGUUAGCUUAUGGAUGUACAGGGGUUCAAACUGCCAUUGAAGCAAAUUCCCUAGGGCAAAUGCCAGUAAUCAUUGCAGGAAAUGAGCAUCAGCAGAAAAAAUACUUAGGAAGAAUGACAGAGGAACCAAUGAUGUGUGCUUACUGUGUAACAGAGCCUGGAGCAGGCUCUGAUGUGGCUGGUAUAAAAACAAAGGCUGAGAAGAAAGGAGAUGAGUAUGUUAUUAAUGGUCAGAAGAUGUGGAUCACAAACGGUGGGAAAGCAAACUGGUAUUUUUUGCUAGCUCGUACCAAUCCAGAUCCAAAAGCUCCUGCAAGCAAAGCCUUUACUGGAUUCGUUGUGGAAGCAGAUAGCCCUGGAAUCCAAAUUGGGAAGAAAGGGGAGACUGAAAUGAAUAUGGGUCAACGCUGCUCAGAUACAAGAGGUAUUGUCUUUGAAGAUGUGAGAGUUCCCAAAGAAAAUGUAUUAAUAGCUGAGGGAGCUGGCUUUAAAAUCGCAAUGGGAGCUUUUGAUAAGACCAGACCACCUGUAGCAGCUGGUGCUGUUGGAUUAGCAAAAAGAGCACUUGAUGAAGCUACUAGAUAUGCUUUGGAGAGAAAAACUUUUGGGAAAGCAAUUGUUGAACACCAGGCAGUGUCUUUCUUGCUUGCUGAAAUGGCAAUGAAAGUGGAACUUGCUAGGAUGGCUUACCAGAGAGCUGCAUGGGAAGUUGAUGCUGGUCGCAGGAAUACCUACUAUGCUUCCAUUGCAAAGGCAUUUGCUGGUGACAUUGCAAACCAAGUAGCUACAGAUGCAGUACAGAUUUUUGGAGGAAAUGGAUUUAAUACUGAAUAUCCUGUAGAAAAACUAAUGAGAGAUGCGAAAAUCUACCAGAUUUACGAGGGAACAGCUCAGAUUCAAAGGAUGAUCAUAGCUCGUGAACAUGUUGGCAAAUUUAAGGCUUAAAGAAAUGCAUAAAGUGUGUCUGGCACUGCUGUAGUGUUCUGUGUUCUCAUGGAAGAGGAUUUUAGUACAUUUCUCAAUCUAUUGAGAUUAAAAAGGCAUGGAGGGGAAAAAAAACCCACGACUUUCCUUCAAAAUCUUUUUUAUUCUGUAUGUUAUUAAGGACUACUUCUGUUCUCCCUGUCCAGUCCCUCACUUCAUUCCUGACUAACAAGGCUGAUAUUUUCUAAACAUUCUGAAUUCCAAAGUGAUUGGUCAUUCAAAUACGAAAUGGGCAAGGAAUGAGAACCUCACGAUGCAAGCAAUGUUUUCUCACUAUAAAAUUAGAUGAUCAGAAUGUUAUUUCUUACAGUCAUUGCUGCAUUCUAAUAAAUUUUUUUUUAAGAG